AUGGACUACAUCAACAUGGCCGCUAAGGCCCUUCAAGCUACCCAGGAUCCUGUCGCAACCGAGCAAGAAAGAGCACUGCGCGACGCAAACGACUUCGAUGCUUGGGAGGCCGUCAUGCCUGCGCUUACAUCCCGCUUCGACAGCAGCCUCGCCGACCGGCUGUCGUCCUAUCUCGGCCGUCGUAAUCCUUUCUACCGCGAAGUCGACCCCAAGAAGCACUCCGUCUGGAUUUUCGACAACACCGCCUACCGUCCCUCCGACAACCCCAAAGCAUGGCAAGCCGAGUUCGUAGCCGCCUACUUCGUCAAAGGUAGUGGGCGGGACCUCAGCGCCGUCGCCGCCGACAUCGCCGAGAAGAUCGGACUCGGUAGCGGCGACGCGGCUGAAGCUCUCAUAGCCGAGCGGCUGCGCCCGUUCGUGGACCAGAUCCUGCCCGCCCACAGCGUGGACAUCGACAUCGGCGACAAGCAGAUGAAGCGACUCGGCCCCAGCGGCCGCGAUGGCAUCAGCUCCGACGUCGUCCGGCUAAACAGCCUCUUCCCAUCCGGCAGCAUCAUCACGACUUCCACUCCCGCUCUCGCGCCCGAGACCCCAGCGCCCGUCACCAUCUUCGCCGAGCCGGAGGGCUGGGCCGUCAUCUCGGACGUCGACGACACGAUCAAGAAGACGCUUACCUCGAGCCCGCUGGGCAUCCUCAAGACGACCUUCGCCGAAGAGCCGGAGCCCAUCGCCGGCAUGCCAGAGCUAUACCGCUACCUCAAGAACUUCCUGCAGAACCCGCCCUUUUUCUACCUCUCCGCCUCGCCGUAUAACCUGUACCCCUUCCUGCGCCGCUUCCGCCAAGACUACUACCCGCCCGGCACCUUGAUCCUGCGCGAAGCCUCGUGGAUGAAUCUCGCCGGCUUCCUGAGCUCCCUUACGCGCGGCACGGAGGCGUACAAAGUCGACCGGCUGCAGAAAAUCAACGGCUGGUUCCCGCAGCGAAAGAUGAUCUGUAUCGGGGACAGCACGCAGACGGAUCCAGAGUCGUAUGCUGAGGCGUAUAGGCGGUUUCCGGGCUGGAUCAAGGGGAUUUAUAUCAGGAAGGUCGAGGGGGUUAGUGAGAUUGCUGUGGAUGGGGAGAAGAAGAACAGUGAUGAGCGAUUUGAGAAGGCGUUUAGGGAUGUGCCGAGGGGGGUGUGGCAUGUAUUUGAGGAUCCUCAGGAGUUGUACGCGAAGGUUGAGGGGUUGGUGAAGACGGUUAACGGGAAGUGA